AUUAUACCCUAUCUUGCGAGUCAUUUCCGCAAAGACAAGAUAUGGAUGCGUAGAACACAGCCUAAUCAGCGUGACUACCGUAUCCUCAUCGCAGUAGACGAUUCAUCCUCAAUGGCGGACAAUUUGUGCCGACAGAUGACAUUUGAGGCUCUGGCAACUGUGGUGAGUGCUCUCCAUCUUCUAGAAGCCGGAAAAAUCGGAGUGUGCAGUUUCGGUGAGUCUGUCCGCGUGGUGCAUGGCCUUGGAGAGCCCUGGAGCAAUGAAAUGGGUGCCUCCAUGCUAUCUGCCUUCACUUUCACCCAGACACGCACAUUGCUCACCGAGCCUCCCAGCUCCACCAUUUUGUCUUAUGCUGCAGUCUUGCUCCUGCUCACGUCCCUCUCCAUUAUGCAAUCGGCUGGACAGGGAGGUUCAGCGAGCCGGUUACCCACUAGUCAACUCCUGCUCAUCCUCUCCGAUGGUGUAUUCUCCGAGGACCCGCAGAGUUCCACAUUGCAGGCUGCAGUACGAAUGGCCCGUGAUGCGAAUCUCUUCGUCGUCUGCAUCAUUAUUGACGAUGCCAGGAAGAAGGUACGAACACAUCUGGAUGCUUUUUUACCUGGUCCACGCGGUGGAUGCUUUGGACCAGCACAGUGGCCAUGGUAA